CAGUUCACUACACUUGACUCUGCAAGCAGACGAUGAAACUUUUCUUCCACUUUGACAGAAUAGAAAUGGACUUCAAUGCGAGUGGUUGUAACUCUGCAAUUGAGCGGAGUUGAGAAGUCAGUGUCCCGCCGCUAACGAACUUCCGUUCCCUGCACGCGGCGGACUUUAAUUAAUGAACUUUUUUCUCUUACUUCUUCACAUAUUACUCAAUUAAUUUAUCCAUAGAACUUCACUGUAACCUUGUGGAACAUUAUAAGAAAGUUUCAUAACUGCAGACGAUUUUUCUUUAUUUGUUUACAGUGUGAAAACAGAUAAUGUGGGUGUUAGUCUGACCUGGAUUUUCCAAUUUUUUGUUCUAAAAGGAUAAAACAUACUUCCAGCUUUUAUCGCCUUUCAAGACGCAAGUAGUGCGGGACCAAGCGUUUGUCUAAAUGACAGAAACGGCGGGAUAACAAUCUAUUUCAUCAAGAGUUUUUUAAUUGUUUUGUGAAUCCUAGAGAUGAGGUUGCAAUCAUUUUGAUAUGAUUAAUUUUGUGAAAGUGGAACAAGUUAUGCACCGUGAAUAUCUCUUACAUCUUAUGAAAAUGGAAUUUUUUGAUAUACAGCGAAGAAAAUUCCAAAGCUAUGCAUCCAUAUGAGCUCCAACCGACGCUGUGGACUACCACCUCUUGAGAAAGUGCGUUCCAUCCGAAGAGUCAUCACGAGUCCGAUAUCUUUGUCCGAAACCAUUUCGGGGGGACGAAUGUCUUCCUCCGAGACGGGGACGUACCUGUCAGCAGUGAAGUGGGGAGACGAGGGGUACUACCUCAAGGAGUUCACGAACAAGUUCAAACUUCCACAGGUGGCCAAGAUCAUCAAAGGACAAUACCAAAACUUGGGUGUCCCCAGUCUGCCAUCUCCGAAUCUCAACCAGAUUGUAUUUCUUGCCUCGGCAGGCAUCAAGCUCAAAGUGAUCGCUCAGUGCGUCAAGUUCAAAGAUGCGGGCCGCAGGAUGAUCCCCGUGGGUGCCAAACUAGCUGUUCCAGAAAACUAUGACGGCUGGUUCGAAAUACUGUCAGAAGAUGGUAGGGCCGUCAGAUGCAUUGAAAGCGUUGCAGAACUUGCAAGGAGGAAUCCCAAAUCCUGUCUCGUACGAGAUAGCAUCAAAGUCCACCUUCCAAGACCAGAUGACGUGGACAGUGUGUGGGACAAAACUCGGACCAUUUCUCCUGGAGAAGUGCUCACAGUGGGUGAGAUCCUGAGUGGAGUUUCGCGCGGCAACCGCGCGAGCGGAAAAUAUUUGGGCUGCGUCACAUCUUUUGGUGACACUGUAUAUCUUCCACUAGAGCUUCGAGGACGAUUUAGUACCAUAGCUGGAGAGGAUAAUAUAUCUGGAGUGCACACAGUCAAAACGCUCAUGUCCAAAAGGUUUCCAAUUAUGGUUCGCUUGGUUCACGGUAAACCUCCAGUCGGUGUAAAAACUGGCUCACAGUUCGUAAAUGAAAUGAGAUUGUAUUCAUUGAUUGAAGAAGAAUGUCUCGUUGCUAUGCCAUUGUCUAAAGAUCUCGGAGUUGUGCCUAUCCCGCCAAAUGCUGCUCUAAAAGUUCUCGCACCAAAGAACUUUGAAGCGCUGACAAAAAUGUCAGAACAUGCGGCGCUUGCCAACAAGUGCCAUAGUUUAAUGGUGGAGGUGUCUGGUUGCAUGCAGGUCUGUGAUGUAGCAUCUGUUCGUGAAAUCAAAAAUCUCCCACCUUCACCACAGUAUGUUUAUACACGCCGACAAGCACCGAAUACUUAUCGCACUGUUCCUCUUGUCAAACGUAGUGCUUCAGAUCCACAAGGUACCAACAUGUCUGGUAGAGCUCAUUUGGAAAGAGGGAUGUCAACCCCAAAUGAUUCAUCCCUCCCAGUGAGUGAUAAUGUCGAUGAAUUUUCAGAUUCAGAUGAUUUGCGGUAUGACGAAAUAGAUCAAAUAUAUGAUUACGUAAGAGGAUUUGCUCCACUUCCAGUUAACAUAAAGAACGAAUUCUCAGUAAACGAAGAACACAAGACGCAACUACUUCCGCAGAUCGACGGAGUGAGCAGUAAAUCUAACGAGCGCAAACCACCCGAGCCCCCACCCAUCGAAACUAUACCAGUUAGGAAAUCCAAUGGUGGCAUGGUUAAGAAUAGUCAAGCACCACAUAAAAUUACAGUUAGUAUUGUGAACCGAACACCUUCCUUUAAGACCAAAGAAAUAUAUAUACCGCAUCGAAGUCAAAAAUCGAGAAAAUGUGCCGAAGAUCAUAUUUACGAAAAGAUUGACAAGCGAAAAAAUGGUUUGAAACUGGUCAAGGUAUUCGAAACCCCCGGUCGUACUCCCUUGCGCUCAAACAGUGCAAGUAAAAUAGUCCAAAAUGGGUCUACAAAUGCCAACUGCGAUAAUAACAAUAAUGAUAGCAAAAUUCCAUACAAACGCCAGAGCCAAUUCCAGCAGAACCAAGUUAAUGGCAAAUCACGGUUCUUAAAAAACAACAAAACGCAUGCUCAUAAGGAUAUAUCUGGUAUCAACCGGAAUAAUAAGUCCCAAAAGACAUCGUGGAUGAAUAGCAGUGUAAAAACUAUAGCCACAUCUCCGUUGUUUCACAUACGUUAUAAAUCUUUGACCGAUUUGCUUAUGGACACCAAGAAAUCUAGUCCGGAGUCGAGCAACUCCUCUUCGGGAAAAAAGAUGAACGGUUCCAUUGGUUCAACUUCAUCUUUGUCGUCUAAAGAUGACAUCGAUGGCCCAGAUGACCACUCUGACAUUGUUGCCGACAAUCAGAGAAAUUCCAAAAACUGUAGACGACUUUCGAGGCCAAAGUCUUUGUCCAACCUUAUCGGCGACGUCUCGCCAAAGAGAAGAUUGGACAAUCACAAUUACUAUAAUCUCGUUCAAAACGAUCUCAUUAAACCGCCAGAACUGAACUGUCCGAAAUUCUAUUCAAUGCCAGACUCUUCUAGGUACACUAAAAACCAUUUCGGAAAUUCACACCAUUCGAAAAAACUGGGGACAUUGUAUUUAUGAGACUAAUAUAGGUUAUAAUUGUUAUUCUUUUCUUCUACUGCUUAUGAACGUUUUAGUUCAAAAGCAUGGACUGAUUGUAAAAAGAAACAAAAAAAAUUAUCAUUAUUUAACGCUUCUCUUUUUUUGUAAACUAUUGUUAUUAGCCAAGUUCCAUUUUUUUUUUCAACAAACAAAACAAGUGAUGUUCUACUGGUGAUAAACUGCUUCAUUUUUUUUAUAUUUUCUUUUUCGUCUUUUGUUUGGACGAAUAAAUAUCCUAAUGUGCUAA